AUGACCCUCGCCGCCGUACAAACUACAAGGACGUUCCGCCAAUUCCGAGUCGCCGUCUUUGGCGUCUCUAUCUUUCUUCGUCUAGGUUGGGCAUUCCUCCUCGCCUUGACCGCAUUCUCAUUAACGACCCUCGUGGACAAGCGACAUCAGAUCAUCACAUUGUACUUGUUCGCCGCAAACAACGCUGCCUUUGUCGCCAUCGUGCUGGUUGGCACCUUCGAAGCGUUCAAGUUUGGUAUCGCUUCAUGGACAUCUCGUGUCGGUGUUGAGCUCACCUGGCUAGCCCUGUGCUGGAUUGUCGAGACGGCCGGAGCAGUGACCUUGACAAUUUUUCAUCCGACAUUUCAUUGCGACACCAUCAUGCGUAUCUACGGUGACGCGACGGGCGUCAUCUUUGGAUCGACGCUUCCCGCGUCGUCGAUCCGUUCGACCACUACUCAAGAGGCCACCACGUGCAAAGUGUUCAACCAGAUUACGUUUAUUGGCUCUUGGAUCACUGUCGGACUUUCCUUGCUUUAUUUGGCCUACUUUGCGUUGCUCGCCUUGUCCGCGUCUCGAAGGAACCGCCUCGUCUGGCGGACACCUGUCAACCGAUUUGAUUGGUCCAUCACUUCCGAGCCAGUCAUGCCCAACUCGCCCGACAUUGUCUACCCUGACAUGAUCGAACGUCCCCAGAACCCGCACCUUUCGAAAGAUUGGAACGACUCGAUGACUUCCCUCCCCCCAGUCUUUGUCAACCCUUUCGAGUUCAAAAAGGCUUCGUUUGACUCUGCCGCCACCAAGUUUGAACCCCUGGGUCCUCAGUACAACUUUGAGCCCAUGGACCGACAUCGGGUCAUGGCACAAUAUCAACCUGCCCCGUACCCGUCUUAUCCCGAACCAGUUGUUCUUGCCGACGAGGCUCAGCCCAACACCCAGCGACACUCGAUUCUGGGGUUAGAGGGCAUGGACGUUCAAUCGAACCGGAAGUCGAAACCGACACUCUCCAUCUACGUACCACCUCAACCAUCGCAGAAGUUUGUCCCAAUCGGGGUGGCAGAGGAAGGUUACGACCGAAUUGGACGCGUGAUGAGCAUCAUGGUCGCGUCGCCGCAAUCCCUCGAGAUGAACUCGCCAAAUUCGCCUUCCGAAGGUCCAUGUGCGAAGAUUGGACAAAGAAUGAGUCGUCCGUUUGCGUCGCCUAUUAGCUCGGAUGAGUCGCAUGCAACGUCUGUUGGCAAGGAGAAUGGUUCAAGCACCAAAGGAACUGUAUCGCAUCAUUCCUUGUACACAAAGAGCCACGGUACAGAAGGCCACGACCUGGGCCUCGUUCAGACGGUCGAGGCAGCGAACGGGUACCCUGUCAUCCAGCAGACACCAAAGCGCCAAUCAACACUUGUCAGACACGACUCGCUGACGAUGCGUAUGACGAUGCGCUAUGCGCCGCAACCAGCCGUCCCGUCCUUCCCCCAAUCAGCCGUUCUUCCUGCUCAGAUCCAAGGGCCUCAAUCACUCCCACGAACUGCGCGUUCUGCUAACCGAGGAUCUGUCCUUGUCAAGCAUCAACGGUCAUCAAGUGCAAUGGGUGCGCUCCAACCACCGCCUAGAGUACCCGUGGGGACGUGGGCACCUGGCCCAUCUUCGACCUCCCUUGCUGACCGUGUGCAACUCCAACGGCCUCCGAGUGCUUUUCACUUGCACAUUCCGCCUCCACCUACGUACUCACCUGUGACGGCGGCAAAGCACUCGCAUUCGCCAGCAAGCUCGAUUUCACGGUCUUCUGCACCGGCUACCCCUACCAGGCACUCCCGUGCACAUUCGUCUCCUGAUUCGGCGUAUAACGGAAGCUUGCUCGGUGGUUCGAACCAAUCCCAAUCGCGGUCGUCGUCGGUGGUGUCGACAAUGCAACAUACGUCGCCGACGGUCGUGCCACCGAUUCCCGCGUUAUUGAAUGCGCUUUCGCCUGUUCUGCGAGACUCUGGCGUGUUCCAAUAUCCGAACGGGACCCUUGAAUCGCAGCAAUACCAACAGCAAGCGCCGUCUCUGCAGGCAAGCGCCGUCCGCAGUCAUGCGUUCCUGGAUGACAAUCCGUUUGGACUUGGAAGCAAUGUGACGACUCAUACACCGGAUCGACAGUCAUUUGAGGGGAUAGCCAAAGAAUUUGCGGAGGAGAAGAAGACGAGACGAGCCAGUCGGUUGCGAAAGUCUGCUCCUCGUUACUAG